CAAAACUCAACACUGGAUUUAUUAUGGAACUGCAAGAUCUUCUGACAUCACUUUGUGCCACAUCCCGUAAUACGCUCAUUCUGGGGGACUUCAAUAUUCAUGUUCACUCGACUAAUAAUCGCUCUGCUGCAGAAUUUCUUGAGCUCUUGGAUGGUCUACAUCUCACACAACACGUUUCAGUACCUACRCACACAAGAGGUCACACUUUGGAUUUGGUAAUCACGGAUAAUGCCCCCAUCUCCAAUCUGCAAGUUGAAGAUUUGGGGGUGUCUGAUCAUAAAUUAAUUUCCAUGACUUUGCCAUUAACAAAGACAUAUAUGCAAACAAAACGUAAAAUUCAAUUUAGAAGUUUAAAGGCAAUAGAUCUGAUCCUUUUCAACCAGGAUAUUCAGGAUAUCUCAUUAAAUACAAAAUUCGCCUCUGUCAAUGAUUAUGUCAACCAUUACAAUUCCAGUCUUCGCAGUAUUCUUGAUACUCAUGCACCAGUUAAAACUCGGACAGUUACCUUCUCCAGAUCAGCCCCAUGGUUUACAUCUGAACUCCGUAGAAUGAAAACUGCAGGUCGUGCCCUGGAACGACAGUUUAUCUCCAGUGGCUUGUUGGUCCACAAACAAGCCUAUCGCAAACACCAAAGGACAUAUUCCAGAGCUCUUACUGCAGCAAGAUCCCAUUACUUUUCCCUAAAAAUCUCGAAUAGCCGUGGGAAUUCCAAACAGUUAUUCUCUGAAAUAAACUCUCUGGUCAAACCUUCCACAUACACGCCUACUGAUACCAGUAUAGAUCAYUGUAAUAGGUUUAUGAACUUUUUCAUUAAUAAGGUGGCAUCAAUCCAGUCUGCUCUCCCUGUAAUAGCUGAAUCUCAAGAUGAUAUAACCCUCCCCAUACAAAGUAACUCAUUUUCAGCUCUUUCCGUUGUCACCCAGUCAGUCGUAGAGAAGAUCAUAAAAAGCAUGAAUGCUUCCACCUGCGUACUGGACCCUCUCCCCACAACAUUACUUAAGUCUAGUAUUACAGCCAUUUGCCCAUUAAUCACAACUAUUAUUAAUCAGUCUUUACGGGACAGUCAGGUUCCACCAUCUCUUAAAACUGCAGUCAUCCACCCUUAUCUGAAAAAACCCUCACUUGACCCUAAUAUUCUUGCCCAUUAUAGACCUGUUUCAAAAUUACCGUUUAUAUCUAAAGUUCUGGAAAAAGUUGUGGCAGCCC